AUGCAUGAGUCUGGAAGUUUUGCAGCAUCACGCUCUAGACGUGAGAAGAAAUCUAGAAGAGGCCAGCAAGAAGCACUGGAACGUCUGAAAAAAGCCAAAGCUGGUGAAAAAAUAAAAUAUCAGGUUGAAGACUUCACAAGUGUUUAUGAUGAAAUAGAUGAGGAAGAAUACUCCAAGAUGGUCAGAGAACGUCAGGAUGAUGACUGGAUUGUUGAUGAUGAUGGGAUAGGUUAUGUAGAAGAUGGAAGGGAAAUCUUUGAUGAAGAUCUGGAUGAUGAUGCUCUUGGUUCCAAUAAGAAAGGUAAAGGUGGCAAAACUUCUACGGUUGAUAAAAAGAACACGAAAAAAUCUGUGGUGUCAAAGCCAAACACAAUUAAGUCUAUGUUUAUAGCUAGUGCUGGGAAGAAAAACACAGACAAAACUGUGGACCUGUCAAAGGAUGAUUUACUAGGGGAUAUUCUUCAAGAUCUCAAUGCUGAUACUGUUCAGUUAAGUCCACCACCAAUUAUAAUGCUGAAAAGGAAAAGAUCUGCUGGAGUACCACUGAAUCCUUUCUCUGUGCAGUCCCAAACUCCUAAGGUAAUCACCCCUAUAUCAAAGAAAGUUCCUGCUCAUCUCAGAAAGGAAGCUUUUCCUCCAGCUUCAUUUCAUCCUGAACAUGCCAAUUACACAACAAAAUCUGUCAUAGUCUCUGAAAACAAGGAUACCAAGUAUGUGCAAAAAGCUACAGAAAAUGGGGGAGUAGUGAAGACAAUAGAAGAGAAAGCUAUUGCAGAUGAUGAUCAGGGAAUGAUGGAUUUUGAUGAGGAGGACUUUGAUGAACCUAUGGAAGCAGAGCAUGUGGAAACUAUACUUGAGACAUCCGAAAGCUUGGAGAGAGACAAGGAAAUUGAAAAGAAAGAGAUGGAGCAGCUAGAAUCAGAGAAGAAAGAAACAUCUGUCUUAAGUUGUUCUCUCCCAGGUAUCUCAUGUUGGGACAGAAUUGAUGAGGACGAAGCUGAUCUAGCAGUGGCAGAAGUUCAGCUGGACCCCAAUCUCCUUCCACUUGUGAAUGGGGAAAAUGAUGAUCAAGUCUUAAGAUUUUAUUGGCUGGAUGCUUAUGAAGAUCAGUAUAGUCAGCCAGGUGUGGUGUUUUUGUUCGGCAAAGUUUGGAUUGAAUCUGCAAACACCUAUGUCAGCUGUUGUGUGACAGUGAAAAAUAUUGAGAGAACUGUUUAUCUACUGCCACGUGAAACAGAAAUUGACCUGUCCACUGGCAAAGAGAUGGAGACUCCGGUAACUCUAAUGAGUGUUUUCAAGGAAUUUAAUGACUGCAUUUCACCAAAGUAUAAGAUCAUGAAGUUCAAAUCCAAGAAAGUGGAAAAAUAUUAUGCUUUUGAGAUCCCGGAUGUUCCAGCAAAAUCCGAGUACUUAGAAGUUAAAUAUUCGGCUGAAUGCCCUCGGCUUCCCCAAGAUCUGAAAGGACAAACAUUUUCACAUGUAUUUGGAACUAACACCUCUAGCCUGGAACUUCUCUUGAUGAGCAGGAAGAUCAAAGGACCAUGCUGGCUGGAAAUAAAAAAUCCACAGCCUUCAAAUCAGCCAGUCAGCUGGUGUAAGGUGGAGGCUGUGGCCAUGAAGCCUGGCUUGGUGAACGUGGUUAAAGAUCUUUCUUCUCCUCCUCCUCCUCUCGUGGUCAUGUCCCUCAGCAUGAAGACCACUCAGAACCCAAAGACUCACCAGAAUGAGAUUGUGGCUGUUGCAGCUCUGAUUCAUCAGAAGUUUCCUUUGGAUAAGGCUCCACCUCAGCCUCCUUUUCAGACACACUUCUGUGUUGUUUCCAAACCGAAUGAUUGCAUUUUUCCUUAUGACUUCAAAGAAGCUAUUAAAAAGAAGAAUGCUAAAAUAGAAAUUGCUGCAACAGAGAGAACACUGCUGGGAUUUUUCCUUGCGAAGAUUCACAAGAUUGACCCAGAUGUUGUUGUGGGUCAUAAUAUUUAUGGAUUUGAUCUGGAAGUGCUGCUUCAAAGAAUUAAUGUGUCCAAAGUCCCUCACUGGUCCAAGAUAGGUCGACUGAGGAGGUCCAAUAUGCCAAAGCUUGGGGGUCGAGGAGGGUUUGCUGAAAGGAAUGCUGCCUGCGGUCGAAUGAUCUGUGAUGUAGAAAUUUCUGCUAAAGAAUUAAUUCGUUGCAAAAGUUACCAUUUGUCUGAACUGGUCCGUCAGAUUUUGAAAACAGAGAGGAUAACAAUUCUACCAGAGGAAAUUCGAAAUACGUACAGUGAGUCUCCUCACUUAAUGUUCAUGCUGGAAAACACCUGGACAGAUGCCAAGUUCAUUCUCCAGAUCAUGUGUGAGCUGAAUGUUCUGCCACUGGCCCUUCAAAUAACAAACAUCUCUGGCAAUGUCAUGUCGAGGACAAUGAUGGGUGGGCGAUCUGAACGUAAUGAGUUCUUGCUACUUCACGCAUUUCAUGAAAAAGACUACAUAGUGCCGGACAAACAAGUUUUUAAAAAGCCUCCACAGAAGCUGGUGGAUGAAGAUGAAGAUUUUGAAGAUCAGAAUAAAUCAAAGAUAGGGAAAAAGAAAGCAGCAUAUGCUGGGGGCUUAGUCUUGGAUCCCAAAGUCGGUUUUUAUGACAAGUUUAUUUUGCUUCUCGACUUCAACAGCUUGUACCCAUCGAUUAUCCAGGAGUUUAACAUCUGCUUUACUACAGUGCAGAGGCUGUCAUCAGAAGCACAAAAAAGGGCAGAGGUUGAAGAAGAGGAAGAAAUUCCAGAGCUUCCGGACCCAUCUCUGGAAAUGGGAGUUUUGCCUAAAGAAAUCAGGAAACUGGUGGAGAGAAGGCGCCAAGUUAAGCAGUUAAUGAAACAGCCAGAUUUAAAUCCUGACCUUUAUUUACAGUAUGAUAUCAGACAGAAAGCUUUGAAGCUCACUGCUAACAGUAUGUAUGGCUGCCUGGGAUUUUCCUACAGCAGAUUCUAUGCCAAGCCCUUGGCUGCUUUGGUGACUCAUAAAGGGAGAGAGAUAGAUGAUAUAGAGAUGCCUCAUAAAAGGGAGAUACAGGAGCUUCACCAUGAAGCUUUCCUUCCAGUGGUUAUACGUAAUAUAAUGCAGGAGAUGUUGCUGGUGGUAGCGUUGUCUUUAGCUUCAGGCUAUGCCCUUUAUCACACUUACAGG